CUGACAAACCUCACAGAGUGCGCACGGGCGGGCGUGCAUGCGUAAACGCGCACGCGUUUCAAGGAAAACGCCAGUGGGCGGAGUCUUGCUCUCCAAGUCCUCUCCAGUCCGCUGCGACGCGCCGCUCGCUGACUUCAUUCGGAACCGGAGACAUCAGCUGAACAUCCCACCAUGGCCACCACCACCGCCACCACCACGUGCACGCGCUUCACCGACGAGUACCAGUUGUACGAGGAGCUGGGCAAGGGAGCCUUUUCAGUGGUGCGACGCUGCGUCAAAGUGUGCUCAGGGCAAGAAUAUGCCGCCAAGAUCAUCAACACCAAGAAGCUGUCAGCCAGAGAUCACCAGAAGCUGGAGCGGGAGGCUCGCAUCUGCCGGCUGCUCAAACACUCCAACAUUGUGCGUCUCCAUGACAGCAUCUCGGAGGAGGGCUUCCACUACCUCCUUUUUGAUCUGGUGACAGGGGGUGAGCUCUUUGAGGACAUCGUGGCGAGGGAGUACUACAGUGAAGCAGACGCCAGUGAUUGUAUCCAUCAGAUUCUAGACAGCGUGUCACACACACACCAACAUGACAUAGUGCACAGGGACCUCAAGCCUGAGAAUCUUCUGCUAGCCAGCAAGUGUAAAAACGCGGCUGUGAAGCUUGCUGACUUCGGCCUGGCCAUCGAGGUCCAAGGAGACCAGCAGGCCUGGUUCGGCUUUGCGGGGACGCCUGGCUAUUUGUCUCCGGAGGUUCUGAGGAAGGAAGCGUACGGGAAGCCGGUGGACAUCUGGGCGUGUGGCGUGAUCCUGUACAUCCUCCUGGUGGGUUACCCUCCUUUCUGGGACGAAGACCAGCACAAACUCUACCAGCAGAUCAAAGCAGGAGCCUAUGAUUUCCCGUCUCCGGAAUGGGACACGGUGACGCCCGAAGCCAAAAAUCUGAUCAACCAGAUGUUGACCAUCAAUCCGGCCAAGAGGAUCACUGCCCAGGAGGCCCUCAAGCACCCGUGGGUCUGCCAACGCUCCACGGUGGCGUCCAUGAUGCACCGGCAGGAGACGGUGGAAUGCUUGAAGAAGUUCAACGCCAGGAGGAAGCUGAAGGGCGCCAUCUUGACCACCAUGCUUGUCUCCAGGAACUUCUCGGUUGGCCGUCAGACCACGGCUCCGGCGUCGGUUAGCAACCUGCCAGCAAGUGGCGCCGGCAUCGUAGAACAAGCCAAGAGCCUCCUCAACAAGAAGGCCGACGCCAAGAGCAACAGCAGCAGCAGCAGCAGGAACAACAACAACAACACAAACAAAGUCACCAACUCGGUUACAUCUGCUGCACUGGAGCCUCAGACUACCGUAAUCCAUAAUCCGGUAGAUGGGAUCAAGGAAUCGUCAGACAGCAGUAACACAACAAUCGAGGAUGAAGAUGUGAAAGCUCGCAAGCAGGAGAUCAUCAAGAUGACGGAGCAGCUCAUCGAAGCCGUCAACAACGGCGACUUCGAAGCCUACGCAAAGAUUUGCGAUCCUGGCCUGACAUCCUUCGAGCCCGAGGGCCUCGGCAACCUGGUGGAGGGGAUGGACUUCCACCGCUUCUACUUUGACAACCUGCUGUCAAAGAACGUGAAGCCCAUCCACACGACCAUCCUCAACCCACACGUUCACAUGAUGGGCGAAGACGCAGCCUGCAUGGCGUAUAUCCGCCUGACGCAGUUUGUGGACGCCGGCGGUCGCCCGCGCUCCAGCCAAUCGGAGGAGACCAGGGUGUGGCAGCGCCGCGAUGGACGCUGGCACAACGUUCACUUCCACUGCUCCGGAGCGCACGCUGCACCCCUGGAGGCUUGAGUAUCACAUUUUGGAGAUGGGGAGUGGCGGGGUACCUCUGGAAUCACCUCUCGACACCCACCAGACUUCUUUCUCGGAUGGGACACUGCCGACUGACGAGCCGCCCCGGUCCCACCUCGCCACCCCCGCUUGUCUGUUUUGUUCCCGUCUCAGCCCCCCCCCCUCCCCCAACGGACUUGUUGAUGUUUACGCCUCUCUUUGGUGCUCUUGUGCAUUUACAUCCCCACGUAGACACCAUAUUGGAUGUGGAAAAGCGGAGCGAUCAGAAGGACUUGAAUUUACUCUAUGCGCUCAAACCUUCUCCCUAGAAUAUAACCUUCAAUUUGGAAUAGAACCUUCCCUCGGGACUACAUCUUGAUUUAUCUCUGACGAGAACCUUCUUUAGUGUAUGGAGCUUUUUCUCGGGACUCGAACAUUCUCUAGAGACGAUAGCCUUCUCUCAGAAAAGGAAACUCGCUUUAUAGGGACAAGGGGAUUCUUGAAGCUUCUCUUGUGACUACGACCUCCUCUUGGGACUAGAUGAUUCCCUUGGGACGAGUACUUUCUCUUGACACUCGUGCCUCACUCUAGAUUAAAACCUUCUCUCCAUCAUAGAACCUUUUUUUCGGUUGAAAACUUUCCCUUGUGAGGAGAGACGAGUACUUUCUCUCCGGACCUUCAUUUGGGACAUGACCAUUCUCUUGAGACCUUCUCUUGGGUUGAGAAAUUUAUCUCGGAGUAGAAUUUCUCAGAGGACGAGAACCUUCCCAUUUGGAUGAAAAUCUUCCAUCUGAACUGGAACCUUCUCUCAGGACAAGGAACUCCUCUUAGGACAAAAACCUUUCCUCAGAGGUAGACCAUUCUCUUGGGCCUUCAUACGUCCCCAGAGACUAAACCUUCUCUUGGGGCGAGAACAUGAUCUUGGGACUAAAACCAUCUCUCAUUGUUUAUUACCGUUAUAUACAGUAUGUGUAUAUAUAAUAUAUAUAUAUAUAUAUAUAUAUAAAAAACAUAAUCGGAAAUUAUUUAAAAUCAUCUGAUUAAAAGUGACAUACGAGUUCAGUCAACUGACUUGCAUGAGUUCACAAGCAGGUUUCCCACAUCCAAUAUGGCCGACACACUGACGUAUAGCCACUAUGGUGUUUCCUGUGACCAGCAUGGCUUCUCUUCCUGCACGGCUGCUGUGUGACGUCAUCAUCUCCUCUACACUUGUGUGGUGUUGUCAUCAUGACGACAGUUGGUGCGUGUGUGUGUGUGUGUGUGUGUGCGCGUGUGUGUGUGUGAGUGCUCACGCGUGAAUGAAAAUGAGUUGAAGUGUAUUAAGUCGAGGUUUUUCUGGGGCAAGUUGCAGCUGAUAAUUUUGUGUAGCUGAAGAACAAGACAGCAUUCAGAGAAUCCCUGUAAAAGUACGACAUCGACCACAAUGCUUCGCUGGCAUUGUUUGUAUUAAAAAAAAUACAUUUGA